GGGUAAUAAAGCGGAGGGUGGACGUGCCUCCUUUACGCUCCUCUCGCCUCCUCCGCAGUGCACUUGCAGCUGAGCAGCUCUCCGGACAGGACGGUCUCCUCCUCCUCCACCUCUUCUUCUUCUUCUUCUUCUUCUCUGUGAGCUGCUGUGUGAUAACAGUAUUGGACGGUGCGCCCCGGCAGCUCACUCCAGAAGCUCCCCGAACAGACGCGCCAUGGUGCGGACUCAUUGACAGAAUCCGUGCCGCUGGAAUUAAAAUGAGCUCUCCUGCUGCGCGCCUCUCCUCCUCCUCCACAUAGCGCUGCCUUUCCCUGCACAAGAGCUGAUUUUAUGUGACUCCAGCAGACGGAGCAGGAUGACUUCGACCUUAUCGCUGGUGAUUUUGUGCGCUCUGGCGGCGUUGGCGUCGGCCUCGAAGACGGAGCGGGCCGUGCUGCUGCCCUGCGACUCGGGUCAGUACACCAACAGCGGAGAAUGCUGCAAGGAGUGUCCACCUGGGGAGGGAGUGGUGAAGAAAUGCGGCGCUGCUCAGACCGUCUGCGCCCAGUGUUUGGACAGUGAGACCUACUCGGAGAACUACAGCCACACAGAGCAGUGCAGGCCGUGCACUCAGUGUACCGGCCUCAUGCGCAUGGAGACGCCCUGCACCGACUCCAACGACGCCCGAUGCGUCUGCAACUACAACUACUUCUUCAGCACGGUGUCGAACCGCUGCGAGCCGUGCACGGUGUGUCCGGUGGGUCAGGGCGUGUACUCCCACUGCGACCACAACCACGACACGGUGUGUGAGGAGUGCGUGGACGAGACCUUCUCCGACCGGGAAAGCUCCCUGGAACCCUGCCUGCCCUGCACCAUCUGUGACGAAGAAACCGAGAUUCAGUUGGCUUUGUGCACGCCGACCAGAGACUCUGUCUGCCACAAUCCUUCCCUCCCUACAUAUGCCACCACCACCGACAUAGAUCUGUCUUCGUCCUCCUUCCCCAAUUAUUUCUUUCCUGACGGCUCUGACAACCCGCUGCCAGGUGGAGAGACGACCACGUCCAGCGCCGGCUCUCCUCGCUUCCUCGGUCACGGCCUCAACGAGAACCUCAUCCCCAUCUACUGCUCCAUCCUGGCCGCCGUGGUGGUCGGCCUGGUGGCUUAUAUCGUGUUUAAGAGGUGGAAUAGCUGCAAGCAGAACAAGCAGGCGGCUAAUAACCGUGCAGCUACAAACAACCAGAUGGUGACGCCGGAGGGAGAGAAGCUGCACAGCGACAGCGGCAUCUCGGUGGACAGUCAGAGUCUGCAGGAGCAGCAGCAGCAGCAGCAGCAGCAGCAGCAGCAGCAGCAGCAGCAGCAGCAGCAGCAGCAACAGGCCCAGGCUGAAGUCCAGACUCAGCCUUCACACUCUCACACACAGGAACAGAUAGUGGUGAGGGUGGACGGCGGCCCCCAGCCCGACUCACCUCCUCCUGAAGUCUGAGGAAGACGAGGAGGAGGAGGAAGAGGAGCUGAAGACAGGGAGAAGAGACUGGACCAAAAUAAAAGCAGGGUUGGGCCACGCAGAGAAUGUAAAAAAACUGACGAGUGGCCGCGGACUUGACUUUUACGGACCUCCCAGCACCUUUGGGCCACAGUGUGACUCUUCGUCCCUGCAUAUAGAGUCUAACUCCGUCAUUCAGUGUGCCUGGACACGACCUCUACGGCAAUACCAACCACUAUCUUAACUAGUGUUACACAGAUCGUAGAUAGACGCCAGUGCAUCUCCUAUUAAUUCCAGUAUGUCAGUAGCUGCCAGUUUAGUAUCUUCUGCCCCUUUCUACGCUUUUAAUUCUGUAACCACUUGCCAUGAAACGUCUGUGCCUGAAAGGUAAAUAGGCAGAAAGGUACUACAUUAUGUCUUCUUUCUUUUUUCCUGCACAUCAAAGAGAGUGGAGCAGCUUUUUUUUCCCCUCAUGCUUCUUCCACUACUCUCAGAUAAUCCUCUGUCUCUCUCCAUAGGAUUCACUCUAUUAGACCCCUGCCGUCAUCAGUGACACAAAAAGCAGCAGAAGGGGAGCCAUGAGUCAUUCCCAACUUCUUCUGAACUUUCUUGUAUAGCUCAACCCGCGUUUCGUGUCACGUUGUCUUUGCGUCAUUGUUAGGCCACGUUGACCGGGAUGUGACGUCAUUUACUGUACAAGGCCGCUCGGUAUUCUUCCACAGCGUCCCGCCGACUGAAUCCCUCUUCGCGGUGCCUCCAGGGGUUGUGUUUCAGCAAUUUUGUGCUCACAAUGUAACACGCCCCAAAAGUUUGCCUCCUGUUAGCGGUGAGCUACUUUCAUUUUGUGGCUGAUUCAGCAGGGAGCCUCCGGUUUAACAUCUCUGGACCGUGGAGCUCUGCUGACUCACUGCAAUGAGGGAAGGGAAGGCAUCAUCAUUUAAAAAAAAAAAAAAAAAAAAAGAAAAGCUUAAAUGAAAAAAAUCUGAAACAAGGAAUCCCAUCUAGAAUAAUUUACACUUACUGAGCAGAAAAUUGGGACACCCCUCAGAGGCACACUUUCCAAAAAUCACUUCAGUCUCCACAUGUUCACUUUUACCAUCUUGCAUACAGCUCUGUCUGAUAAGCAGUGCCGAGGCGCUAAUGCUUUGUCACCGGCGCUCAACACUGAGCCCAUUAGAGUGACGUCCUGACAGGCAGGUAGUAAUUACCUCAGGGUUUCAGCUUCAUUUACCCUCUGCUCCACUCCCAUCAGGAUGAAUGCAGCGGACAGCACAGAGGCGACGGAGCGCAGAAGCCUCAACGUGACAUUACAGAUCCCUUAUCCAACGCUGAGGCCGCUGACAUUUACUACAUCGCCAUGGUGAUAUAAAAGCACUUAGAGCAGGCUCACUUCUAAGGCUGGGUGGCACCUUUUAUCACUGAGGACCACUUUCAUGUUGCCCCCCUCCUGCUGCUCCAAAUAUCCGUAAAAGCAGCUGACAAACAGUAGAUACCUUGUAAAAGAAGCAAACUGUAGCUGAGCUGAACUGCACUGCUUUCAUUCCUACAGGGGCACACUCCUUCUCAGGGUCCCUCUUGUUGUGGUGACUAAAAAUUAUGAAGAAAUUGUAGUGCAUUUGUCUAUAGAUGUAUGAUCGAGAUAUAAAGCCGUGAAGAAAGACACAGUAAUCGAAUUCCAGCAUGAUUCAGGAACAGAUGGUUUUAAAGCUUGAUGCUUCUUGCUGAGACGUGGAUGAAGAAAAUUGAUACCAUGAAGCUACAGGCAGCAGCUCUGGGUAUCAUUGGGCGAUCUGUAAUUCACUUGCAAUUCAAAAACAUAAUUCCGUUCUUCUUUAUAAAACCAAAAACAGACCGACAGUUCACAGGAGUCACAGUCAAAGAUGAUAACUAAUAAGGCAUGGUGCAUUUUUGGGUUUUGGCAACUCCUUUCCCUUUUUUUGUUUGGAAACCAGAAGUCAUGAAGGGUUUUAGUUAAGUUUACUUUCAGACAAACAAAAACUGAGAAAACCAAAAGAAAUGUUCCAGUGUUGCUUUCUGCAAAUUCCCAUUCACAAUACAUGGUAGUAUCCAUCCAUGCAUCCAUCCAUGCAUCCAUCCAUCCAUCCAUCCAUCCAUCCAUAAUUUCAUUUGGCAUGCAUAAAUAUGCUUCACUACACUUUAAAAGCCAAAAAAAAUACACACAUCAUGUUAUUUUACAGUAUUUUUUGGCACCACAGACAUUUUUUUGUUUUUACAGUUUUUUUGUUUUUCACAAUUUACUGUUCAUAAACAAAUCAUCCAUUUAUUAAUGUCUAUUAAAGUGCGUAUAUGCAAAAUAAAACAAAUUAAACCUGUAUGCAAACGUGAAUUGCUAAUGUAAGCUAGCCCGUUUUACUCGGAGGCAGGGUUACCUAGGCAACCAGAGCCUGGAAUAUCCACGAGAAACUGAGCAUCACUUAGAAAAUGUUGGUUGAUGAAAAUGAAACACAAAAAACUCAUGCGACGACUCAAAAAAUUGCCAAAACCCAAACAUAGACCGUGUUUCGUUGGUAUUUUAUUCAUUUAUUCUGACACCUAUGACGUUUUUUUCCCCACCUUUUUGUUGCUGUUGUUGAAUUCCAAAUGAAUUCUGGAUAACUCAUAGGUACUCAGUUUAGCAUAAAGACUGGAAACAAGGACAAAGAGCUUGCUCGACUCCUUCCAAAGGUACAAACCAGCACCUUCAAAGCUCAUUAAUAAACUCAUCAAUUCCCAUUUGUUUCAUCCAAAAACUACAAUUAAAAACACAACAGUGUUUUUGCAGGGGUGUUCCAUGCCAUUAUCCCUGCACAAGUGGUGCCAAUCUUCUACUCUGAGCUUGAAUAUGGACACAAACCGCUACUGAGAGGGAAGUGAAAUGUGUUUACUUGUUAGUAGAGCUUGUGGAGUUUUAUGAACGCUGCACAGAUAAGAAAGGUUACAGCGAGGAGAAGAAAGAGAGAGUGAGUCAUUACUGUACAUCCUGUGCGAUGCUGUGUGGAUGCAUCACGUGGUCGCCAACAUCUCAACACAAUUAAACUUUCCUCUCUUGUGAUUCAUGUGUCACUGCAGCGUAAUGAAUGGAAGCAGAUGAACCUCGGCUCUAGUUUGCUCACAGCUGAUGUGGUGUGGGCAUGUGACCACACACACACACAAACACACAGACACAGACACACACACACAGACACACACACACACACACACACAGGCAGGCAGGCUAUGAUUCACUCCUCUAUUGAGAGAGCUGCUAUGAUUCAUCCUGCUUCUUGCUGUGGCUGUGACAUUAAAGCAGACUCUGCUACAGUAUGAGUGACCAGAGUGUUGAUUUAACGGGAAAAAAAAGACACACUCGCUCCUCGACUCCAUCUUCCCUUGAGGCCCAAUCAGCCCUCCAGCAGCGCACUGAACCAGCUUAUUCUGUUUCCCCAACAGCUUGUGUGUAAGAAUGUACAACCUGAAUAUAAACCGAAAAAAUAUGCAAGACACAUUCAAGGAUAAGGUUUAUGUUUGCCCAGAAUUUUGAGUUGUUUUUUUUUUGUGUGUUUUUUUGUCUUUUCCAGUUUUAUUUGUAUUCUGAAUAGUAUUACACUUUUGGAAUCAGUAUUUUUUCUAACUGAUGUUAUUUUGUAGCACUUAUUAGACGUAAUAUGAAUGCACUCAAAGAGUGUACCACAGUUCAAGUGCCUGUGUACAGUGUCCAGUGUCUUUGAGUUCAGAAGUUUGACUAUAUUUUUUUUGGCAGUUUUCCAUUUAUUUUGUGUUUUUAUGUGAUUUUUUUUAAAUAUUUUGAGAGAUAAUGAAGGUUUUUAGUAAAUCAAAGUCAGCACUAUAGAUGAACCUUGGAGACUCAAACAAACUGUAUAAACCUGGCACCAGUAUAGAGAGACUUGCAGUACAAAUAGGUUGCCAGUGAACACAUACUGUAUGUUAACAUGCUAUAGAUACUGGCAACUAAUAGGGUCAUGUAGCAUUAUGAAAACAUUUACAUGUCACCUAGGACUAUUCUAAAACUCACAUAUGCUAUUUGUCAAUAGAACUCAGCUCAACUGUGCAGAUGUUUUGCAUGUACAGUACGUUUUAUCACGUACCUCCAUCUCAGAGGCAACAGGACAUGUAAUCUGCAACAACAUGAAAUCUAUGGGGAGGUUCACUGUGAUUCUCUGUGACAUUAUUACUGGAUACAGACAGAUCAAGACCUGGUCCCAAAAAAGCUGAAUGUCAUCUGUAGUUAGCUACUAAUGUAAAAUGCAUUGUGUAAAUGUGAAUUUCUUAGAGUUGAUACAAGAUACAAAAAUACACUAUAAAAUGUACAAAAACAAAAUUGUGUGCAAGUGAAAUGAACAUCUAUAAUAAACAGAGAUGUCAUUGCA